UUCAAAAAACACACCAAGAAAAAAUUUCUCUUGCCACCAUCUCACAAUUGCUGGAACUAGUUUAAAUUCUUUUUAUUUGCCUUUUGUUUUAUGUCACCAUAAUAAUAAUGAUAAGAAUUAAACCGAAUCCAAUCCUAUCGAAAUCUUGGUUUCCACCAAACACAAAUACUCUCUGCUUCCAGUAAUUCUAGGGCUUCAAGGUCAUUGUGUUCGGGUUCCGUAGAUCCGACAAUUCUCUUCCGGGUCGGGUUAUUUGAUUGCAUAAAAUGGCCAUGUUUUGGCGUAUGGCUGGUCUCUCCACUGCUUCUCCAGUGGAGACGAUUUUGGAUAAGGAAAAUUUUGCACUGGAUGAUCUCUUGGACGAGGAUGAAAUAAUUCAAGAAUGUAAAGCUCUUAAUGGACGCCUUAUUAAUUUUCUGCGAGAAAGAGCUCAAGUUGAACAACUUGUCAGGUACAUAGUGGAAGAGGCUCCAGAAGAUGCUGAAAAGAGACGAACAUUUAAGUUUCCUUUUAUUGCUUGUGAAAUUUUUACAUGCGAAGUGGACAUAAUUCUCAAAGCUUUGGUUGAGGAUGAGGAGCUAAUGAACCUGCUAUUCUCAUUCUUGGAACCUGAGCAUGCACAUAGUACUCUGUUGGCUGGUUACUUCAGCAAGGUUGUCAUAUGCCUGUUGCUGCGGAAGACAGCACCGUUUAUGAACUAUGUACAAGCUCAUCAGGAUAUUAUCAAGAAGUUGGUUGAUCUCAUUGGAAUUACAUCCAUCAUGGAGGUGUUAAUUCGCCUAAUUGGCACUGAUGAACAUUUGUAUAGCAACUUCUCGGACUCCAUGCAGUGGUUGGAAGAUACAGAUGUGCUGGAGAUGAUCGUUGACAAGUUUAGCUCAUCCGAUUGCCCUGAAGUGCAUGCUAAUGCAGCAGAAACUUUGUGUGCCAUUACUCGAUAUGCUCCCCCAGGGAUAGCUGCCAAAAUAUCCAGCCCAAGUUUCAUUGGGAGGUUAUUUCGUCAUGCUCUGGAGGGCUCAAGACCUAAAUCCGUUUUGGUUAACUCAUUAUCUGUAUGUAUAUCGUUGUUAGACCCUAAGAGGCUAUCAUCGGGAACAUAUUACAUGUACGGUCGCCAGUCAAUGCAGUGCUCUGGAGUAAGUGCGAAUCCUGAGACUGUUGAAGGGAUGUUGGGAAGCUUAGGUGAUUUACUGAAGCUUCUGGAUAUUUCAUCAGAGGAUUAUGUCUUGCCAACAACAUAUGGAAGCUUACGUCCACCUCUUGGGAAACAUCGUCUGAAGAUUAUAGAGUUUGUUUCAGUCUUGGUGAGUGUUAGCAGUGAAGCUGCUGAAAAGGAGUUGAUCCGGCUUGGUGCUGUUAAACGCAUCCUAGAAUUGUUUUUUGAGUAUCCAUACAACAACUUUUUGCAUCAUCAUGUUGAGACUAUCAUAGUUUCGUGCUUGGAGAGUAAGAAUGUUCAAUUUGUUGAACAUCUUCUUAGUGACUGUAAUCUUCUCGUGAAAAUUCUCGAGGCAGAGAAAAAUUCAACGCUUGCUGCUGAUCCAUCCAAGCCAACAGCCUCUGUUGAGGGAAGAUCUCCACCCAGGAUUGGAAAUAUUGGGCAUGUGACACGACUAGCUAACAAACUUGUUCAACUAGGGAACAACAAUAAUGGCAUACAGUCGCGUCUGCAGGAGAACAGUGAAUGGAUUGAUUGGCAAACAAACAUCCUUCAAAAACGGAAUGCUUUGGAAAAUGUCUUCCAGUGGGCUUGCGGGAGACCCACGUCACUGCAUGACCGAAUGAGGGACAGUGAUGACGAUGAUUAUCAAGAUAGAGACUAUGAUGUUGCAGCUCUGGCAAAUAAUUUAAGCCAGGCUUUCCGAUAUGGAAUCUAUAACAAUGAUGAACUCGAUGAGGCUCGUGGUUCACUUGAGCGGGAUGAUGAGGUAACUGUCAAGGAUGUCUAUUUUGAUGACGAAUCUGCUGAAGUUGUGAUAUCUUCACUUCGUUUGGGGGACGAUCAGGAAAGUGGAUCACUUUUUACAAAUUCCAACUGGUUUGCUUUCGAGGAUGACAGAACAAUUAAUGAUCAGUCCAUUGGCUUGGUUGCUUCUCCCUCACCUAACACUGAAGACACUAAUGUUAUUAAGCUCAGCACGAAUGAUGAUGCAGCUGUUGCUGAUGAAGAUGAGGAUUUGGCAGACACUGCCACAUCUGAGCGACCUGAGGCAAAACCAAGUUCUGAUCAUCCUGCGCCCACUAGUUUGUCUGAGGACUUGCAUCAUGCUACAGGCAGUGAAGCCAUUAAGCCUCCUGAAUGGGUCGAAUGGCGAGAAAGCUCUGAUACAAUUGGAACGUCCAAUCAAGCCUCGGAUUCACCUGAUGUUGCUGUUGUGGUCAGGCCUUCUUUACCUAAUGGCGAUAUCAUAGUGGAAUCAGAAGCUCCAAGGGAUACUAUUCAGUCAAAAGAAGAAAAUGCACAUAUUCCACCCAUUAAUGGGUGCACCAGUAAUGUGGAAAUUGAAUUUGAAGGAUCACCAGGUGAUACCUCACAGCCUCCAGAAACAGGUGGGAGCCAAAACGCUGGCAAUCCUAGUUCUGGUAGUAUCGAGAAGCCACUUGCUGCAACUGAGGGUUCAUCUAGUGGAGAAACCAAGAACUGAAGUGUGGAACUACUAUGAAUUCUUUAUGUGCCACCGUGAGAGAGCAAACCCAACACUUAUGCCUUUGACCUGGUGCGCUGAUGAGGGUCUCAGCUCUUGCUGUCAGCUGUGACUACUAUAUGUGGUUUUGGAGCCUGAUGUACAUUACUGGGGCUUAUUAGUCGACUUAGCCGCAGAUGAUUCUUUCCUCAACUUAGGUAAAGACUGCUCUUACUUUCAUUCUCACAUAUAAAGGCCUUUAGUGCAGGUGAUUCAGUAGAUCAUACUUUUAUUAUUAACACAGAACUGCUUCUAGAUGAGUCCAAACUGCUGAAGGGAGUUGUGUGCUUUACACGUUGAAAGGAUCUUGUUUAUAUCUCGUAAUUAUCAUUCUUCUUUCUUA